AUGCUUACCAAAAAAAAAAAAAAAAAAUCCCCAGCUCUCAUCUUUUUUGAACCUUCUCGAUAUAAAUCUCUCAAUUCAAUCACCAUCUCUAUCUUCUUCCUCUUCCUCUUCUCUCAGAUCACUUGAAGCUCUAGCUCGAUUUCUCAUCAUCCAACAUGAACUCACAAGCUUGUCUUCUUCUUCAGAAACAGCUUAAAGAUCUAUGUAAGCAUCCUGUAGAUGGAUUCUCUGCUGGUUUAGUUGAUGAGAAGAAUAUAUUCGAAUGGAGCGUUACCAUUAUUGGACCUCCUGAUACUCUCUAUGAAGGAGGAUUUUUCUAUGCCAUUAUGUCAUUCCCACAAAACUAUCCUAAUAGCCCACCUACGGUGCGGUUUACUUCAGAUAUUUGGCAUCCUAACGUUUAUCCCGAUGGUCGUGUUUGUAUAUCUAUUCUACAUCCUCCUGGUGAUGAUCCAAGCGGAUAUGAGCUUGCAAGCGAGCGUUGGACGCCUGUUCACACAGUUGAGAGUAUCAUGUUGAGUAUCAUAUCGAUGCUCUCUGGUCCCAACGAUGAAUCUCCUGCGAACGUUGAAGCUGCUAAAGAAUGGAGAGAGAAGAGAGACGAGUUUAAGAAGAAAGUGAGCCGUUGUGUGAGAAAGUCUCAAGAAAUGUUUUGAUCAUACAAACACUUUCACACUUCAACUCCACCUUCUAUGGAGUUCAAAAGCUCAUUUAUCUUAUCGACAAAAAUCCCUUUUAAAAAACUGUCCAAACACUACUUGUAAUAAACCCGUCUUGCAUCUUUUAAUCGCGUUCUUGAACGUGAAAUGAAGUGUUUGGUCGAAAAAAAUCAUGUUCUUGAAAAAAACUGACAUUAAAAUUUAUACUAUUCUUACGUUUUCUGCUGAA